AUGCCCCGCGUCCUCUCCUCACAGAAUAUCUCCGCUAGCCGGACAUGGCAGAGAGCUUUCAGCGCCUCCACGGCGGCCGCCUCUCAGCUCCCAGGCCUUGACGCUUCAAAAUUGACUAUCACCAAGACCACCACCCCUAAGGAGCUAAUGGACUCCAAGGAUCUUGUCUUUGGCAAGUACUUCACAGAUCACAUGCUCUCCGUUGAGUGGACAGCUACCGAUGGAUGGCACGCACCUCGAAUUGUCCCAUACCAGAACCUAAGCUUGGAUCCUGCAACCUGUGUGUUCCACUAUGCAUUUGAAUGCUUUGAGGGCAUGAAGGCGUAUAAGGACAGCACCGGUGGCGUCCGUCUGUUCCGCCCUAACAAGAACAUGGAACGCCUUAAUAAGUCUUCUGCGCGUAUUGCUCUUCCUACUGUGGAUGGUGAUGAAUUGACAAAGAUCAUUGGGGAAUUUGUGAAACUUGACAGCCGGUUCAUUCCAGAUGCUCGUGGCUACUCCUUGUACCUGCGCCCUACCAUGAUUGGUACCCAGAAGACCUUGGGCGUUGGCCCACCAGGAUCCGCUCUCCUGUAUGUCAUUGCCAGCCCCGUGGGUCCUUACUAUCCCACUGGCUUCAAGGCUAUCGACCUGGAGGCCACUGAUUACGCCGUUCGCGCCUGGCCCGGCGGUGUUGGCGACAAGAAGCUUGGAGCCAACUAUGCUCCCUGCAUUCUGCCUCAACUCGAGGCCGCAUCCCGUGGUUUCCAGCAAAACCUGUGGCUCUUUGGUGAGGAGGAAUAUGUUACCGAGGUCGGCACCAUGAACCUUUUCAUUGCUAUGAAGGACAAGGAGACUGGACAGAAGGAGCUUAUCACUGCUCCUCUUGACGGUACUAUUUUGGAGGGUGUCACUCGUGAUUCUGUUCUGACUCUCGCCCGCGAGAGACUCGGUCCCAAGGGCUGGAACAUCUCCGAGCGUAAGAUUCGCAUGUCGGAGGUUGCCGAGGCAUCCGAGGAGGGCCGUUUGAUCGAGGUUUUCGGUGCCGGCACUGCUGCCAUCGUCAGCCCAGUCCGCAACAUUAGCUACAGAGGUAAGAUGGUUGCAUGUGGUCUGAAGAAGGACGAGGAGGCUGGCGAAAUUGCUCUCCAGAUGAAGAACUGGAUGGAGGCUAUCCAAUACGGCGAUGAGAAGAACCCUUGGAGUGUUGUGCUCUAA